UCACUUAUAUUAUUUUCAUUACAGAUCUAAGUUUGAAGACUGGUUAAGCUCAGCCUUUCCAUUCCGAGAUCACUUUGUUGUCAAAAAGAUGCUGGAGACAUGGCUUCUUCUUCCAUACGAUUCUCCCGAGAGAAGUCUGAUUCAAUUCACAUUGUCUCUGUAAACAGUAAAGUGAAGGUCACCGUAUGUUGUCAUGGCUUUUCGCAAGCAAAGUCAAAAGUAUCAGGUCUUAUUCAUUACAUCGAACAAAAUAUGACGGAUGUCGUAGAAAGUGUGAACUUCGAAUCACUGCCGUACAAUAUCAAUGAAAUGGACAAGUUUGACUUGAGGAGAGUCGAUGUACUUCUACUCUGUCACUCCAUAGAAAACAGAAGUUUCUCAAUAACUGAUGUCGGAGGUGCACUUUAUGAUAGAUUUCUUCCCAGGGCCACGAAACAUUUGGGAAAAAGUAAAGUGGGUGUCAUCGUCCAUGACUUUCUCGAAAAGGACCUUUCACCGGACAAGCGUCAUUCAAUGUCUACCUUUCGCUAUACCCAGCCUACAACAUUCCAGUGUGCAUCGCUUGUUCUUAUUGGAGGUCAGCUGUCACAUGAUCCCGUACAACUGACCCAUGAGCAGCUUGAAGAACUUCGGAGAUUUCUUUGCGCGGAAAUGAGUUGGACAGAAAGAGUAGGCGUUGCGUUUAACAGACGUACCGGUUGUUGCGGCUGUAUUCUAUAUUGUUGUGAACGAUGUGUAUAUUCCGUUUUCUGUUGUAAAAGACGUAGAUAUGAAAAUGUGUUCAGUUAAUACAAAUUUUGGAAACAAUCAUUUCAUAAGAGUUCACUCAUUAAACAGACCUGACCCUCAAUACAAUUAAGUUUAAUUUUAUUAAUCCAUAGGUCCCUCUUGGAAACCAAAGAUUGCUAGAUCAACUUUACUCGCUCGAACACAAUCUCAUAACUUAUGGGUCGGUCUUUUCAGUAUGCUGGGCUCUUCCUAUGGAAUAAACUUCUACACUGUUAGAAAAAAUAGAAGAA